AUGGCCGACACGCAGGACCUGCGCUCAGCCCUGGUCCUCUAUGGCUCCGAAACAGGAAACGCCCAGGAUGUCGCCCAAGAGAUGGGAAGGCUCGCUGAGCGCCUGCGCUUCGACACAGAAGUCGCAGAAUUGAAUGCAGUCAGCCUAAAGCAACUGCUGCACCACCACCUCGUUCUCAUCUCGAUAUCCACCACGGGCCAGGGCGACCUGCCGCCGAACAGCCAGCUCUUCUGGAAGGCGCUGCGUAGUGCUCGACUCCGGCCUGGAUGCUUGCAGCGAAUGAGGUUUGCUUCAUUUGGACUCGGUGACACCUCGUAUCCCAAAUACAACUGGGCGCAUCGUAAACUCUACAACCGCCUUGUCCAGCUUGGAGCACAGCCAAUAUGUGACCGUGGCGAGUCUGAUGAGCAGCAUCCAGAAGGCAUUGACGGCUCAUUCCUCCCAUGGACUACAACCUUGCGCCAUCGACUUCUCGAAGAGUAUCCUCUGCCUGAGGGGACAGAUCCGAUACCGGACAACGUUCUGCUAGACCCUAAAUGGCUUCUGGACUAUGCAGAUAAGAACGACGCAGCAACUGCAGAUGACCAUGCAGUACCACAGACCAACGGCGAUACAGUAGACGUCCCAUCUGGUGACUUGCUUGACGUUCCUGGCGGCCACACAGCCAACAUCACAUCGAACGAGAGAGUGACACCUACAACGCACUGGCAAGAUGUGCGCCACCUCACGCUAGACAUUGAAGGCUCACAUGCCUAUGUUCCUGGGGAUGUCUUGACAAUAUAUCCAAAAAACUUCCCUUCUGACGUAGACCAAUUCCUUGCCAUCAUGGACUGGACACCAAUUGCUGACAGGCGCAUCCACUUUACGCCGUCCUCCCCAGCCGUGGCUCCGACCGCCCGCCUUCCGAUACCCACCUUCUCUUCCACCAGCACAACAACCCUCCGACAACUUCUCACAAACAACCUUGACAUUCUCUCGAUCCCACGACGCUCCUUCUUCGCCCAACUCGCCCACUACACCAAUGAUGAAUUCCAUAAAGCACGGCUGCUCGAGUUCACAGACCCAGAGUAUAUCGAUGAGCUGUACGACUACACGACACGCCCACGUCGCAGCAUACUGGAAGUGCUGCAAGAAUUCGAGAGUGUAAAAAUACCUUGGCAGAGGGUGUGUAGCAUCAUCCCCACCCUACGUGGAAGACAAUUCAGUAUCGCAAGCGCGAUGACCGAGAUUCCUGCCACUGAAAGCGGCGACGGGAAGAGCACAAGAGUCGAGUUGCUUAUCGCUAUUGUCAAGUAUAAGACAGUCAUCAAGAGGAUCAGACAAGGUGUAGCUACGCGGUACAUCGCCAGCUUCAGACCAAGCCAAAAGAUCACUGUCUCGUUGUCACGUGGUGGUCUCGGCGUCACGCAAAAAGAGCUGGAAAGGCCGGUUGUUAUGGUUGGACCCGGAACAGGUGUAGCACCUAUGCGUGCCCUGAUACAGCAAAGGAUGCGAUGGCGCAAAGACACCAUAUCGUCUCACGACACUGCAAUAAAGGACCUACUCUUCUUUGGAUGCCGGAAUGCCGAAUCAGACUACUUCUUCAAAGACGAGUGGAAAGACCUUGUGGAGAAGAAUGCGCCUCUUGAGGUUUUUACUGCAUUCUCGCGCGACCAGCGGCAGAAAGUCUACGUCCAAGACCUCGUCCGCCAACAAAGCGCCCUCGUGUAUGACGCUCUCGCCAACAUGAACGGCAUCAUAUUCAUCUGCGGCUCUUCGGGUAGAAUGCCGCAAGCGGUGCGCGAGGCGCUGAUUGAAGGGUUUCAGGAGCAUGGAGCGAUGAAGAGGGACGAUGCAGAGGCGUAUUUGGCGGGACUGGAGAAGGGAGGGAGGUACAGACAGGAGACAUGGUAG